AACUUUUUUAUUAAGUUAUGCCCGUCCUCCAGGUCCUCUGUAUUUUGUUUGUCCCUUUGUUGUUGUUUUGUGUUUUGUUUGUAUCAGAGUGAUCGAAUAAAAUUGAUUGAUUGAUUAUGAUAUACUGCAGUACUGAUUGAAGAUUCAGAAAACUUGCACGAUACCGUACCUAGCUCCUUUAAAAUAUUAGAAUCAUCGUUAUCUUUCAUACAAUCAUAGUUUAUUGAAAAAAUUAAUGUAAUUAUUUAAAAGUAACCAAGAUGUAAAGAUACCGACCAAAGUUACCCCAGCCCACACCGGCAGUCAACGGGUUAACCAACUAUUUUACUCACUUUAUAACAUCAGAACGCCAGCCCCACAGUCAUGGGAUGCCAGCCCACAAUCGUUUUUGUUAGGCCAUGUUAGGUGUAACUAGGCCUGUAGGCUGAGCUUGGUAUUGCAUUUGCGUGGAAUAUAUCAGCUAUGGCAGUAUGGGCUAUAUAUUAUCAGGGCAAAUAGUUUUCAUGAAAUAAGGUUUAUAAAGUGAGUAAAAUAGUGGGUUAACCCGUUGAACGCAGGGUGAGUGUGGGCUGGGGUAACUUUGGUAGAUACUGUAUCUCAUCGCCCAGUGUUGCCCGUCAUUUACAAUCCCGAAUUUACCCACUGUCUGACUGUGCUUAAUGGCUUAACUUGAAUUGAUUUAAAUUAAUCUACUGAGUAUGUGAAUAAGACUGUAAAAUAAGAGUCUCCUAGGCUAUAUAGGAUACUUAAUUAAUGAUUUUUAAUCUCGCAAUUCUGAAAUUCAGGUCUGCAAAAAAUAAGAUAGGAAAACGGUAUAAGAAACCGUAAGAAUGGCAAGAAUUUUGAUAAUUGGUUCUGGGGGAAGAGAACAUGCACUAGCAUGGAAGCUGUCACAGUCACCUCUUGUUAAGUCCGUUUUGGUGAGCCCAGGAAAUGGAGGAACUGAUAACAACAUUGUGGAAAACGAAAUGUCGGAACAUGCUAAGAAAUACCAAAAAGUAAUGAAUGUCAUUGAUGUUCCAUCAGACAAUUAUGAAAGUCUCAGUUUGUGGUGCAAACUGAAUGAAAUUAGCCUUGUUGUUGUUGGUCCCGAAGUACCACUGGCAGCUGGAAUAUGUGAUGUACUAGCAAAAAACGGUGUGAGAUGUUUUGGGCCAACCUCUUCUGCUGCUGCUCUGGAAGCCAGUAAAGAAUAUGCCAAAGAAUUCAUGGUGAGAAAUGGCAUUCCAACCGCACAAUUUAAAAGUUUUAAAGAUGCUGAUUCAGCCAUUGCUCAUAUAAAUACAGCGAAUUAUGAUGCGUUGGUUGUGAAGGCAAGUGGACUUGCAGCAGGCAAAGGUGUCGUGGUAUGUGAAACUGCUACUGAAGCUUGUAAAGCUGUAAAGGAUAUUUUUGAACAAAACUUGUUUGGUUCAUCUGGUGAUACUUUGGUUGUGGAGGAACGGCUUUAUGGUGAAGAAUUCUCAUUGCUUUGCUUUACAGAUGGUGACACUAUUGCUGUGAUGCCACCAAUACAAGAUCACAAACAGGUGUAUGAUGGCGAUAAAGGUCCAAAUACUGGAGGGAUGGGUGCCUAUGGCCCAUGUCCUCAAAUAGAUCAUAAAGUGGUCGAAUAUAUAACGAAUCAUGUUUUGCAAGUAGCAGUUGAUGGUAUGAAGAAUGAAGGUAAAAAAUAUGUUGGAGUUUUAUAUGCUGGUAUCAUGCUCACAAAGGAUGGACCAAAGGUGUUAGAAUUUAAUUGUAGAUUUGGAGACCCAGAGUGUCAAGUUCUCAUGUCAUUAUUAGAUUCUGAUUUAUAUGAGAUUUUCACACAGUGUUGCAAAGGAUCCCUCAACUCUUCUCAUAUUUGCUGGAAAAACACAAAAUCUGUUUGUAUCGUCCUGGCUAGCUCAGGUUACCCUGGAGCAUAUGAAGGCAAAGUGAUAACAGGUAUAGGGGCAGGCAAUCAAAAUCCAAAUUUGAAGGUGUUCGAAGCAGGAACAAAGUUAGAUUCUGAUGGCAACAAAAUCACUUCUGGAGGACGUGUCUUGUCAGUUUGUUCAACAGCAUCUAACUUAGAAGAUGCAACAAGAAUUGCUCUUGCUGGUGCUGAAGUGAUCAAAUUUGAAGGGUCAUUUUAUCGAAAGGAUAUAGGAUGGAAAGGUCUGGAGUAUAUAAAAAACAAGCCGAAACUUACAUAUGCAUCAUGUGGUGUUAGUGUAUCUAAUGGUGACGCAUUUGUUCAUGGAAUUUCAUCAAUAGCUUCGUCGACUGCCCGUAAGGGAUGCACUGCAGUGCUUGGUGGAUUUGGAGCCCUUUUUGACCUUGCUGCAGCUGGUUACUCUAAUCCUGUUUUAGUGUCUGGAACUGAUGGUGUUGGAACUAAACUUCUACUUGCUCAGGGAAGUGGUCGUCAUUCGACAAUAGGUCAAGAUCUUGUUGCAAUGUGUGUGAACGAUGUUUUGACUCAUAACGCUGAGCCUUUGUUCUUUUUGGACUAUCUUUCAUGUGGAAAACUUAAAUCUAAAAUUGCUACUGAGGUUGUUCAUGGCAUUUCUGAAGCCUGUAAACUUGCAGGCUGUGGUCUUAUUGGUGGAGAAACAGCUGAAAUGCCAGGCAUGUAUGCAAAUGGAGAAUAUGAUUUAGCUGGCUUUGCAGUAGGUGCUUAUGAUAAAAAGUUACACACACCAUUGCCUCGUUUAAAUGAAAUAUCGGAAGGAGAUGUCAUCGUUGGUAUAUCUUCAAAUGGUUUACAUAGCAAUGGCUUCAGCCUAGUUAGGGAAGUUGUAAAGAUAUCUGGCUGCAAUCUAUCGGAAUCAGCACCAUUUGAUAACAAUUGCAAUCUGCUGGACUGUCUUCUUGCACCAACAGCAAUUUACACAAGUCUCUUACCAGUUUUGAGAUCUGGAAACUUUGUAAAAGCUUUGGCUCAUAUCACGGGCGGUGGUAUAAAUGGUAAUCUAGCUCGCGUUAUUCCUAAUGGAAUGUGUGCUAUAAUUUGUGCCAAGCAGUGGGAAAUUCAACCCGUGUUUGGAUGGUUGUCGAAAGUAGGUGAUAUUGACUUCCAAGAAAUGCUCAAGACUUUCAAUUGUGGCCUUGGUAUGUGCAUGGUUAUUGCCAAAGAAGGGGUAAAUGCUGUUAUGGAAAAUUGUAGAGUUCGUUUGGCCUCAUCUAAGCUAAAUGCAUAUGUCAUCGGAUAUAUAGAAAAAUCAGAUGUUGAAAAUAAAGUUAUUGUCAAUGAUUUUGCCGAAGCUUUAAAAAACUCGUGGAAUCCUAAUGUAACUGAAGUUGAUAAUGCCCUAAAUCUCCCAUCAAUUGGAAAUUCUGAAAAACCGAGUGUAGCAGUAUUUAUAUCUGGAACAGGGACUAACAUGCAGGCAUUGAUUAACCAUGAAAAUACAGCUUCAUCCUCGUACACAAUAUCACUUAUCAUAUCUAAUAAAGCCAAUGCGGGAGGGUUGAAGAAAGCAUCUGCUGCUAACAUAUCAUAUAUUGUGCUGGACCAUAAAAACUUUCCCACACGUGAAGCAUAUGAUCUUGCAGUGCAUGAGGUUUUGAUGAAGAAAAGAGUUCAUUUUAUAUGCCUAGCAGGAUUUAUGAGAUUGUUAUCUGGGUGGUUUACUAGGACUUGGCGGGGUAGAAUAAUCAACAUUCAUCCCAGCUUACUGCCAUCUUUUAAGGGCAUGGAUGCUCAUAAACAAGUUCUGAAAUCUGGUGUGAGAAUAACAGGAUGUACAGUACAUUAUGUGACUGAAAAUAUGGAUGAAGGAGCAAUUAUAGCCCAAACGGCUGUUUCAGUUGAAAUAGAUGAUGAUGUUACUUCUCUUUCUGAAAGAGUGAAAACUGCAGAACACCAAACGUAUCCUAAAGCACUUGAUCUAGUUGCUAGUGGUCAAGUACAGUUUAAUGAUCGAAGUAACAAGGUCACAUGGCUAAACAAAUAAUAACUCCUUAGUAAGAGUUUUAUGUACAUAACAAUAUCUUGUCUCUUUUAUCACUGACAGGGAGGCUUUGGCUGAUGGGGAGAAAGAAAUUCGAUACAAUAUCGAAUCAAAACCAACCAUGUUUCUAUUUUCAGCUUGCUUCUAGUCCGUUGUCACUAUUUCAUGCCUAAUAUGUUACUUGAGUCUUUCGCUAAUGGUUAAAUGUACAUAUACAUGACAGACAGUUUGUAUUGUAAGUAUGUGUACUUCUCCAGUCAUUACCACAGCUAUUAUUAUAUUGCCUAAUGUAUGCAAGCAUCUAUACUUUGUCACUAUACUCAGCAACUUUACUACAGGUUUGUGAAUUUUGAUUUCACAUCAGUGUUAAUAUUUUGUUUAUAUUACAGCAUUCAUAUCACUUCAGUUUUCUUGCCACAUUUUCGUGAAACUUUGCAGUGAUAUCUUGAUCAAUUAAUCAUGUAUUAAUUUUGUAUUAUGCAAGCGUGUCUGAUAUUACUGUAUCUUGCCACAAUUUCUGACACUCUGUGACCUAUCUUUUUUGCAUUUUUCUACUUGAACACUGUCCAUUUAGUAGUACAGGGAAAAUUUUGUUGCAAUUACAGCCAAGAUUGGAA